CCAAGGCCACAUUCUGACAGUCAGAGACAGAGAGCAAGCUCUGCCGCACCCUUUCUCUACCGCGCACAGGUAAACUGCGGCCAAACGACCAAAGUCACUCGAAAGUCAAAUUUGGAUUGUAACUUUUGGCCAAAUGUAUGGAUUAAACACAGACUAAACUCGUGUCUGGAAACUGAUAUGAAGGGAUUGGCGCUAAGGCAAGACUAAGACCAAAGAGAAGGGACAACGUCUCAGCCCACACACGAUUGGAGGAGAUAGACGUCAAUCAAACUGGAGGCUGUCCAUUCCCUCCCACCCCUCAUGGCGAGACCACCCCAAACCCACCAAUAGGGCGAGUCCCAUCCACUCGAACCCCCGUCACCGCUCAUCCGUCCGGACAAUCCAAUUGGUCCCCCUCACUCCACUUAACUCCUGCCCACUCUACGCUCCACCCCAUCCACCCCCUCUGAUUGGUCAAGAUGGACAAGUUGACAGACGACAUCCCCGGGUGCUACUACAACCGUACAGUGCAGUUCUUCUACGAACAAAGUGGCAAGAACAUCAGCGACCACUGGCGUCCUCGGGACUACGUGGUGGUGAGCCUGGGCAUGGGUGUGUCUGUCAUCGUCAUCCUGGCCAACAUCCUGGUCAUGGUGGCCAUCUUCAUCAACCGACGAUUCCACUUCCCUAUCUACUAUCUGCUAGGCAACCUGGCAGCAGCAGACCUGUUCUCAGGUAUCGCCUACCUGCACCUUAUGUUCCACACUGGGCCCUGGACCAUCAAGCUGUCCAAGAACCAGUGGUUUGUACGCCAGACCCUGAUCGACUCCAGUCUGACAGCAUCGGUGUUGAACCUCCUGGCCAUCGCCUUGGAGCGCCACCAGACCAUCUUCACCAUGCAGCUCCACAGUAAGAUGACCAACCGCCGCGUGGUGCUGCUCAUCGCCCUUAUCUGGGGCCUAGCCAUCUUCAUGGGCCUGGUUCCCACCAUGGGCUGGCACUGUCUGUGUGACCUGGAGAACUGCUCCACCAUGGCCCCCAUGUACAAACGCUCCUACCUGGUGUUCUGGGCUGUGCUCAACCUGUUCACCUUCUCUCUCAUGGUGGCUGCCUACACCAGGAUCUUUGUGUACGUCAGACACAAGAGCCAGAGGAUGUCUCAGCACACCAGCCAGAUACGACACAAGGAGACUGUGUUCAACCUGAUGAAGACUGUUUCUAUGAUCCUGGGUUGUUUUGUGAUCUGCUGGACCCCGGGCCUGGUGUUGUUGAUGUUGGAUGGUCUGGGCUGUGAAUGGUGCCAGGUGCUGCGUUAUGAGAAGUACUGCCUGGUCCUGGCUGAGUGUAACUCCCUGGUCAACCCCAUCAUCUACAGCUUCAGAGACACGGACAUGUUACAGACCUUCAAGCGGAUCCUCUGCUGCCUGUGUCGCCGCGGCGGCGCCGGCCACAAAGACACGCUGUCCGGCAUGCGCUGCAACACCCUGGAGCAAGAGCCGUAUGAGAAUCGUGAUGCGGAGCUGGUGGAGAAGACCAGGGGAGCUCCUCUCAUCCUGAAGGGAACAGAGGACAUGAUGACAUCCACAGAGAGCUGACACACACACACACACACACACACACACACACACACACACACACACACACACACACACACACACACACACACACACACACACACACACACACUGUGUGAUUAUUUGGGGGGGAAUCUCUGAAUCAUGCUAAAUGUUUUUAUUGUAUAGAUGUGAUUUGUAGUUGUAUUGAUGAGACGUUGUUUGUAUGACUGAUGAUCCUGUAUGUUACAGAAACAUGACCAAUAACUACAGUUACCGCACUGACAUUUCUGUUUGAAACAACUUUAUUGACAUUGUCCCAUGUACACUCCUCAGAGAUGUGUUGACAUGUUGUCUACCUAACCUCCUGUUCAUUGUGUUCAUUUCACCAGCCGGCUCACUAGAAAAGCCAUCAGAACUCUAUAUUUAUGACUUUUUAUUUUUUAUUUGACUUUUUAUUUAUGCAGUUUUUGUUGAUCUUACGGGAAUAGUCUGCGCUGAGUGUAUACAGUGAGGGGGAGAGGUGUGUUUGUGUGUGUGUGCAGGGGUUGGAGAGGUGUGUACUGUACAACAUGUUAGGUGAGUUUUAAGAAGGGGGGGUAUUUGUAGAGACAUUUUACUGUUAUUAAAUGUAUUGUUAGGUUCUGAACAGAGUAAAAACUCAAACGGACGACUAGAAAAAACUCGAACCAAGUUUAUUCACCACACUGGAUGCCUCAGCUGCAGGGACAUUUGACACAUGAUCAAACAGGAAUUUAUAUGUCAAGAGAAGAUCAGGGUGUAUCUUCUCAAAACUGCCAUCUGUUGCCCAAUACUGCCUAGAUGUUGCGUCGUUGUCUUGGCGUUGGAGCCGUCAGCCAGCAGUUCCUCUUAUCUGUCUAGCUGUCUAGAGAAUGAAUGUAUAGACUAUAGACCAGUCUGUAUUGUAGACUGAUGUGUUCUGGUUGUUUCUGUGACCUCACAAUCAGUUUCAUGUUCAGAAAUGAUGGAAACCGCUUCUAUUAAAGAGAACCUACAACACUA